CUCGGCUCGGUCGUUAAUUGAAUGAAACCCACUCAGAUCUUACACGCGUCAAUCACAUGCAUCCUUUGUUGAUGGUCACACUGCGCACCAUCUUGCCGACUCGUUGACUACUGCCACUCCAUUCAGCGUCGACUGGUUGUAUGUCAGUCUCGACCAAAUGACACGACAGGAAACAACGAACAGGCAAGACCAUGCCUGCAUCUGUCUGUCUGUCUAUCGAUCCCAACGCACUAUGCACAGAUGGAUCAUACGAAGUUGACUGCAAUGAUUGCAUUGCAAUGCAGCACACCGGAGGGGUCUGUCUGUACAGCAUCCCUGUCAUCCUCACCUAGUCACACACACCGGGCCGUUUCAUUUCACGCACCCUCCUCCCUCCGCAAUGCACCUUCCACAUCCGCCCGCUUCUCUCCUCUGGGUGCCUUGGAGGACAGUGCCGGUCUCCUUUGAGCCCUGUCAGCGGCCCUCUUGUCGCCUGCUUUCGGCCGGCCAUAUGGCUGACCGUCUGGCCCGCAGCCGCGUGUGGUCCUCGUGAAGCGAAAGCCCCCACGGAUCAUGUCGGUCACUAUUUUGGCCGUGUUGCGGCUAUCAACCAGACCUGACGACACAGUCAUUGCUCUGUCUGGGGGGUCGUUGCUGCCCUUCCCUCCUACCUCCCUCCCCACGUGUGCCUGCAGUGAGUACCUGAGUGUGCCCGGCCCUCGAAUGUGUAGCCGAGGCUCUCGACGACUCGCUGCAGGCCUCCGGUGGGCUCGCGCCUGUAGUGCUGCUUGAACAGCGCCUUGAGGUUGAUCCACUUCCCUGCAUGGAAAUAUAGAACACACACACGACGCUACGCGUGAGCUCUCUUUAAAUCGUGGGAGUGGGUGGGUGUUUGGCCCUGGAGGGACGUACAGAAGUGCAGCGGUUUGGGGAGGCCCUUGCGCUCACACUCUCGAUGCAGAGCCGACAUCAAGUCGCUGUCGCCCCAACUGAUAGAUAGACACACACACGCACACACACAUGAAUAUUCUAUCCACUCAUGGCCAUGACUGAGCGCUGACAGCGGUUGCCCUUACAUACGUGACGAAUGCAAAGGAAGGAUACUCUCCCUCCUUCCCUCUCUGCGGCUGCUGGUGGUCAUGGGCAUCAGCAGGCCCAUCAGUGGGCUCAGGCAGCAAGCCGUGUGACGCCAUCCACCGAUGGUGCAGCCUGAUGGCCUCGCUCAGCAGCACACCCCUGUCCACCAUGGCCUGCGUGAUGGCCGUCAGCUCCGUGCAGAACCUCGUGAGCUGCGGCCGCUCCUCAGGCCGGCAGUAGACUGCGCGGGGGGCGCCCAGACACAUAAGUGACAACAGCAACAAGAUGCAGGCGGCAGAAGUGUCCCGUUCCUUUGUGUGUACCUUGGAACUCAUCUACAAUCUCGCAUGGUGAUGUCCGCACCAGCACCGAGGGGAACUCGAUGAUCUCCCCUGCGCCAAAGCCCGGACGAUUGUCGCACGUCCUGAGAGAAGAGAGCAGUCAGUACAUUGAUGUAACCACUCGAAAUCAAGAACCAUCCGCAUGCUGACCACUCGAAAUCAAGAACCUGAGAGCAGACAGGGACACGCACACUGUGUGUGGCGAGCGCAAGAUCUCCCUCUCCCUCUCCCUCCCCAUCCAUGGCCUCUCGUGGUGUUGCCUUCUGCCUGCCUGCCUGCAGCCGCCCAACUCCCUCCCUGACCACGAGGUAGUCGAAUGGCUUGGGCGGAAGAUCAAACGCUUUUCUCACUUUUCUCUUCGCUAUGUCUUUCGAAUUCGGUGCGUUAAGGAACGACCACGCGCCCUUUAGCGGCACACGUUUCUCGGCGUCAGCCAUCUGAAAGGACCGACCUUU